UUCUAGAUGAAAAGAUACAAAAACAGGUUCACACAGUAAGCCUGUCCCCUCUCCCCAACCACCAUGUGGGAGUGCUGUACCUCCCACAUCUAUUCCUUUUCUUCACUGCAGCAGACUUCUUGGCUCUAUGAAAAGGGGAAGAACACAGACCCUCUACUCUUCAGAUCCACGUACUACUGAUCGCCGCUACGACCAGUGACGUGGCCCUGGUGACUGAGAUGUCAUCCUCUCUAAAGGUCAUAGGCCUUCUCUUGGUCCUGCUGCUCACCCUAUGUGGGCUCCUUUUCCAAAGCCAGAACCUUUCCUGGAGGGACUUCAUGAAACAGCACCACCUGAGCUCAAGCUUGGAAUUCAGUGAGUACAGAUGCGAUGAUCUCAUGAGGGAAAGAGAAGCUCCAAAAGACAAGAACUAUCACAUCUUCAUCUAUACCUUAUGGCACAGAAUCGAGCAUAUAUGCUUUAGGAACUGGAGGGAUCGCUACAGGAAUGUGUAUAUGUGGGCCCAGUUUCCCUUCAAAAUACUCAAGUGCUACCUGGGGAAUAACAAAAAGAGCUACAAAGAGCACAGGAGCUACAGUUACAUUGAAUUCCAUUGUGGCAUGAAUGGGUUUGUUGAUAGCAUAGAGGACAUCCGGUUAUUAGAGGUUAUCAGCAACUAGAAAGUCUGCCUACACCACCAGGUUUUAGUAGAGUGUUUAGUGUUUCCCAAGUGUUGGCCCCUGCCUACAUCAAUAGCCAUUGCUACUCCCCACUUUGCAUUUAUGUGUCAAUGUUUCCCAACUAGAGUUAUGUAUCACUUUGUUUCUUGUUGGGUCUCUGCCUGGAAUAUCCUUCUGUCCUUGUUUACCAGAUUUAUUCCUACUUUUUUUUUUUUUUUUUAAGAUUCAGCUCAUAGGGCAUCUCUUUUUGACUAUGUCAGAAAUUUUCCUGAUAUUGACUCCUUACGCCUAUCAAUGCUGAAUGAUUUUCC